AGAAGUUGGUUAAUGAGCCACAUAGCACCUGAAAGGCUGAAAACAAGAUCAAACGGGCUUUAACUUAAAUAUCCGGCCCACGGCCCACAUAAUUGCUCUGGGAUUUGGGAAGGAUGCUAUUUUUCGGAUUUCCGAUACAUUCGAAGCAAAAGCUUUUGGGAUCUCAGUAGGCACUCAAAUCUCUUCAACUCAUCCUAUCCAUCGACCUCAGCUUCGAUUGUUAGCUCCCAUGGCGACUGGAGUGGCCUUCUUCUCUGCUUCCCUAGGUCCGACUAAUCUCAAAACAUGUGAAGCUUGGUCUGGGAAGUCCUCUUCAUUUGUGAAGACACCAUCAUUAAAAGUUCAGAGGAAACUGAUUCAUCGGAGAACCAACAACUUGUCGGUUUGUGCACAGUAUAAUGAAAGUAGAGGUGGAGGCGCCGUUGAAUUUAUUUCUGGAUUUCUCUUGGGAGGUGCAAUAUGUGGAGCACUUGGCUAUGUUUUUGCCCCAGAGAUAAGAAGAUCUAUCCUAAAUGAGAAUGAAGCUGGUUUUCAAAAGGCUAGGCGACCAAUCUAUUAUGAUGACUUGGAGAGGAACAGGGAAUCCUUGAAUGAAAGGAUACAGCAACUGAAUUCUGUCAUUGACAAGGUCACUUCCCGGCUGAGAGGUAACAAAAAUCAGAGUCCUUCGGUUGUGAAGUUUGAUCCAGCAGAUGCCACUUUCUAAGACCGCUUUGUCUCUUAUGACAUCAAAAACCUAGCGUCUUUGGUUUGUCCGGUGAAAUCAAAUACGGGAGGGGUGGUCGCACAGCUGUUGAUUAAUUAUUUUACUACAGCCAGCAACAUACAUUACCUUUGAGAUUUGAUGGGCCAACUUUGUGAAAAGUGAUGUUUUGGAUUGUUUGGAGAUAUUUCCUUCAUAAAAUUCUUAAUGUUUUCCGUUAUUGACUUGUGAUUCACCCACUGAAUACACAUUUAAAAGAUUAAAUCGAGACGUUGAUGCAUGAUGCGUACUGCCCUCAGCUGAGGAUCAAAGUAUCUCCUUCUAUCACAUUUUUUAUUUGCAUUCUUUUAUUUUC